CAAAGGCCGCUUCCCUGGAGACUGGAGACAGGCCGGAGCCCAAGCUUCCUGCUGGAGCUCAGGCGGCCUCUUUUGGGGUGGGGACUGGGGGCCAGGCAAAAGGAAAGUGUCUGCCUGUGGAAGACUCGGGGGCACCCACUGGGGAGACCAAAUGACUGCUGUCCCCAGCGGACAUGGGGAAGAAGCUGGUGAUGGCCCAGAAGCGGGGAGAGACUCGAGCCCUCUGCCUGGGGGUGGCCAUGGUGGUGUGCGCCGUCAUCACCUACUACAUCCUGGGCACCACCGUGCUGCCCCUCUACCAGAAAAGUGUGUGGACCCAGGAAUCCACGUGCUACCUGAUUGAGACCAACAUCAGGGACCAGGAGGAGCUGGAGGGAAAGAAGGUGCCCCAGUACCCAUGCCUGUGGGUCAAUGUGUCAGCCGUGGGCCGGUGGGCUGUGCUGUACCACACAGAGGACACUCGGGACCAGAACCAGCAGUGCUCCUACAUCCCAGGCAGCCUGGACAACUACCAGACGGCCCGGGCUGACGUGGAGAAGGUCAGAGCCAAGUUCCACGAGCACCAGGUUUUCUACUGCUUCUCGACGACUCGGGAGAAUGAGAGCAGCGUCCUGUACCGGCGCCUCUACGGGCCGCAGACCCUCCUCUUCUCCCUCUUCUGGCCAACGUUCCUGUUGACGGGGGGCCUCCUCAUCAUCGCCAUGGUGAAGGUCAACCAGUCUCUCUCCAUCCUGGCAGCGCAGAAGUAGACCUGUCGACGCCAUUUACCUUUCCUGGGCCAUCUUUUAAAAUAACCGCUUAGAGUUAAGCCCACAAAAAGCUACUUGACCUUCGCCCAACCACCUUAUAAGUAAUAGGUGCUUGCUACCCUGCUCUCUAUCUCCUGCUCCCUUGUGACCUGGGAUGGAGGACUGCCCCAGGGACAGAGGACUGCCCUUCUCCUGGCUAAUCACCCCUCUCUCCAUCCCGUUUCUGGGAUCUGUAAGUAAUAAAUCUUGUGAGUCUGC